AUGGGACAGUUCGAUCUCCUUCGAUGUUGGGAUCAAAGCUGGGGAGUUUUCCUAAUUACUGAGAAUGUAUUUUUCCCUUUUUUUCCUCUUUUAACCGCUACUUAUGAUUUUAUUAUAGGUAUUAUAUCACUUUUCCCAAGUUGUCCGGUCUACCAUAACGCGAGAUUCGUCUGUCUGCGGAACGAAUUUUCAGACAUUGUGCUGGUGAUUGUAUACAAUUAUCCUUUCUAUUCAAGUAUCCCAUCCCUGACAGCACUGUACAAGAAUGCAUUUCCCACGAUCAUGUUCUGCGGACCACACAAGGCCACGAACUACUCCGUAGAAGCUGCUCAUAUUCACAAAGGAUACUUCUCUUACACGUGCAUGUCACGUGCCAUAGAGAAACAUCCGGGGUACGCUGGGUAUCUACUCAUCAACGAUGACGUAAUGUUGAAUUAUUGGAAUCUAGUUGGCAUGGACCGAGAGAAAAUAUGGGAAGGACCUAAAGGGACAAUAAGGUUUCUGAAUUACAGUAUACCAGCAAAUUGGUACUGGUGGAAUUCUACCUGGGGAAUAAAAACAUGCCAAAAGGCUUUCAAUGAAAUCUGGGCUUUACAAGAAUCUACUGCGGAUGAAUGGUUGCCGCGAACGAUUGGUAAUCAAGGGAACGGUGCAAAUAGAAAACUCUCGAUAUGGGACGUGAAAGAAUCGAUGGAUGUUUUCAAACAAAAUGGAAAUGACACAUUUUACUGCUUUCGUGGCCGCUCGGAUGUGUUCUACAUUCCUGGCAAAUUUGCAGAUGGAUUUCAAACACUUUCUUACGUUUUCUACAAGCAUAGUUCAUUUCUGGAAAUUGCUGUGCCAACAAUGUGUCGGAUGCUUGAUAGAGCAGAGAAUUUUGAGUAUAUCCCUGGGGUUUACCUGCCCGGUAGAUCCGGGGAACCCCCGGUAAGAAAGGCAGAGCACUUUUGGGAAGUAUAUGAUAAGAAGAUUGCAUUCAUUCAUCCCUUGAAGCUUAAUUAUAAGCACGAUGGUGCUCUAAAUGCGGUGCUGUUACGAAGCUGGAUCAAAGAGUAUAGUGACAGCCUGAGUAAAUGCGAUAGAAAGGAAUAAUAAGAGCAUGGCACUUAAAGGACUGUUGUCAGCCUCAGCCAUUUUCGAGGCUAUCGAAAUUAUUGAUAUUGCAUGGUGAAGCGAAAUCUUUUAC